AUGAAGGUCCUCCUCCACUCCCACUUCCCAGCCGGCCACUGCUACCCGAUGCAGGCCGCCGCCCAGGCCCUCGUCUCACGCGGCCACCAGGUCGUCUGGCUCACCAGCGGCGACAACGAGGCCCGCGUCCGCCUCACGGGCGCGGAGUUCGUCCCUACCACUGCCAUUGCCGCCGUCGACGCCCCCCUCAUGCGGCGGCACGAGACGGGUCUGCUCGACGGCGACUGGGGCAGGCACCGGGGCAGGCUUCUGGCGCAGGUGAACGAGUACCGAUCCGUGCUGGACGACUUCGAGGCCGACGUGCUGCUCGUCGACGUGCUCCCCCACGGGGCGAGGGCGCUGUUCGAGCUCGGCGAGAUCCCCGUGUAUGCGACCUUGGGCGUGAUCCCCAUGUACUCAUCGGCGUGGAACGCACCGCAUGCCGUGUCUGGGAGGCAACCUCCCACUACCUGGUUCGGGGUGCUGGUGAACUGGCUGCGUCAUGUGUACAUCCGGUGGAUCGUCCUUCCAUGGUCUCUCCGUCCAGUGUUAAAUUAUCAGCGAUCCGUCUUGGGGCUGGGGCGUCUCCCGUACGGACAGCCGCUGGAGGCGUUUACAUACAGCCGCUUCCUGCACAUCCAGGCAUCUUCGCCAACUCUGGAGUUUGGGAUGAAACCCGCAUAUAUUGAAAAAGUAUCGUACGUCGGCCCUCUGGUAGCGCAGCUCAAAUCCCCUUCGACGCAGAACCUGCCGGACUGGUGGGAGCGGGCGGUUGCGCACCCCCGUGUUAUCGGGAUCACGCAGGGGACGCUGGCCAUGGACCCGACGUCCCUCAUCGUCCCGUCCAUCGAGGCCCUCAGCCCAGACCCCGAUAACCUCCUGGUGGUCGUGUCGCCGCACUCGGCCGAGCUGGAGAGACGCUUCGGGCAGGGGAGGCACGGGAACAUCCUCUACGCGGACUGGCUGCCGUAUCAUCUCCUGCUGCCCCUGCUGCGCCUCCUGAUCACUAAUGGCGGGUACGGGAGCAUCACGCAGGCGCUCUCCCACAAGGUGCCCCUGUUGUGUGCCGGGCAGACCGAGGACAAGAAAGACACGGCGGCGAGGGUGUCAUGGGCCGGAGCGGGGAUUGACCUUAAGACGGACAAUCCCUCGGCUGAGCAGGUGCGGACCGCGGCAGAUCGGAUUCUGGAUGACAGUGGGAGUUACUUGGAGAAUGCUACUCGGCUGGGCGUAGAGUUGAACGCACUGGGUGGUGGAGAGACGGUGUGCGAUGCGUUGGAGGACCUUGUACGACGGACGAGGCUUACGAAGAAGCCGUUACAGGAUAUCGGUAGGUGGUGA